UGAUCUCACUAAACCAAAUUCAUUUAUAACUAACUGUUACACAAAAGAAGAAUUCUCUCUCUCUCUCUCGACUUCCUUAUUUUUGGAGUCUCCGUUACUUCACGCUUUCUUUAGAUUCCUUUCGAAAUCUGGUUCAACGUCGCCUCUGAUCUUAUAAUUGUGGAAUGCGAGCGAUUGAUGCUUGAAUUGUGUGGCCAUGGCUGGUGAAAUUGAAGAACCUUUUAGUCUUAGUUUUCGGGCAGAUUCUAUACACAAUGGAUCAAUCUCAUUUGGAAGGUUUGAAACUGAAUGCUUAUCUUGGGAGAGGAGAUCAUCCUUCUCGCAUAACAGGUAUCUUGAAGAGGUUGAGAAAUACUCGAAACCAGGUUCAGUAACUGAGAAGAAGGCUUAUUUUGAAGCUCAUUUCAAAAGGAAGGCCCUUUUGAGCCGAAGUUCAUCCGACAGCCAAAAUGGUAUACAAUGCCAAACUAGUGAAAAUGACACCUCAGAGAACAUGGAUUACAAAGAUGAAUUUGAGCACACUAAUGAAGGUGGUCAUUCUGUACAAUUUGACGAGAGUUUUGAUGGUUCAGAAUAUGAUGGAGAUUGUGACUUGAUGGAAUGUGUACGAGGUGACUUGAGAACUUCAUGUGUUGAACCUCAGUUUCAAACUGAUCUCAACAAUGUCAAUGAAGCUGAGCAAGGAGUUCCUGAACAUGCCAACCCUGACAAAGCAUAUCAAACUGGAGCUGGAAGCUUACCUGCCAUUGAUGCCGAGCAAGGAAAAGAAGUCAUAGAUGACAAAUCAGCAAAUGUAGGUUUGACAUGUAAGCCUGUGCAUCUGUCGACUAAUUGUCACUCCACUGGGAAAGAUGAUAGUGUUAAUUUGGAGCACCGACAAGAAUCUUGCCCCAAGGCGGGGACCAAAUUGGAAAGCAAACUUGCAAAGCCCAGAUUGAAGUCUUCCACUCAGGUUCAGAGAAAUGUUUCUAGUGAGCCAUCUAAAUGCUCUGCAAAGAAACAUAUUAGAUCAAAAAGCGAAGACUCACAGAGCACAAAAACAGAAAAACACUCAUCGCACACAGCCAUUCUAACCACACGUUGGGUAUGCAGAACUUCAAAACCAGAGGAUCCUAAGGGUUCAAAGUCAAAAGUUAUUCAUGAUAACAGAAGUGAAAAGAAAUUGAAGACAAAAAAGGUUGUUCAUGAACCUAAGCCUUCUGCCUCAGAGAAGCUUGUUCCUAAAGCACGUCAGAAUGCAAACAGGCCCAAGCAGGUUGAGAAUUCAACUAAGUCAGGCAUGAAACAAAGCUUGGCUGUGUUCAAUUUCAAAAGUGAGGAACGGGCAGAAAGGAGGAAAGAGUUUUACAUGAAGUUGGGGGAGAAAAAGCAUGCAAAGAAGGCCGGGACAAAUCAAAUUCAAGAAAAUAAACUGGAGAAGACAGAAGCUGACAUUAAACAAUUCCGAAAAAGUCUUGAUUUGAAAGAAACACCGAAGGCUGUUUCAAGUAACACCAAAUCAAGUAAACUUCAAAGCAAGUCAUCAAGCCCCGGCUGUGGAGCAGUGAUCAGCCUCAAGCUUCACCACCGACCAACUGCAGUGUCCUCAAACAAUCAGAGACCGUCCUCCACAAGAUGAAUUGAACACAGUGAGGUAACUGGGGAAAGGAGCUUCUGAACGAAAAUGAAGUGGAUUGGCAGAGUUGACGGAAAGCGUAAAGUGGAAGCUGUGCGAAGCAUCAAUGACAUGGUGAGGAAGGACAUGAAUGGUGUAGGCAUUAGCAAUGCUUCAGAAAUGGGUCAUUUAGCUUCUUGGUGUUCCCUUCUGACCAUGUGCAUUGCCAUUCUCCAUCCAUUCAUUACCCACCCACAUCCAUGGGCAUCAUAACAAGAGUGUAUAUCAGCAGGCGGGCAAAGGGGAAUGAGGCCAGAUCUUACUCUAUGCCCUUGUCCUGAGUCACCACUCUAUUACAUGAUGGGCCUCUCUUGCUUGAUUGUGUGAAGGAGAGGAUGCCCUGCGUCAAUUAUUGUAUGUUGAAUCUUCUUCACAUGCCCCAUGCUACAAAUAACAGUUAAUGUGUUUUUAAUGACUAGUCAUUGCGGUCAACAAAAUCGUUUCAUCUGUAUUAUUUUCA